AUGACAUUAUCGCGCACAAGCCCAGUUCAAAAGAAUACACUGCGCCCUACGUCCUUUAGAACUGACUUGAGGAAGAGGCGAGUAGAUGUCACGACAGUAGACCGAGCCCAGAGACCGAGCCGAGAGACCGAGCCCAGAGACCGAGACCAGAGACCGAGCCCAGAGACCGAGACCAAAGACCGAGACCAGAGACCACAGACCAGAGACCAGAGACCAGAGACCGAGACCAGAGACCGAGACCAGAGACCGAGCCCAGAGACCGAGCCUAGAGACCGAGACCAGAGACCGAGACCAGAGACCGAGACCAGAGACCGAGAACAGAGACCGAGCCCAGAGACCGAGACCAGAGACCGAGACCAGAGACCGAGCCCAGAGACCGAGCCUAGAGACCGAGACCAGAGACUGAGACCAGAGACAGAGACCAGAGACUGA